UUGUUUCAUUCCGAGGUCAUUUGAUAAACAAGUUGAUAGCUCUAACAACCUUAGCCGCGGGUUUUGGGCAGCUUAGACGAACGGAAUUCCAAUUUUGUUCUGUUUUUUACCAUAUUGAUGUAGUUUUUAUAUUUACUACAGAGAUACUUCGAGAAGGCGGGCCCGGAUUCUGUUUUCUUGCUUGCAGUUCAAGAUAUUACUGAUAUGAAUGAAUGAAGGUCAGUAUGAUCCAGACUAGGCCCAACUAAAUGAUUUCUGACAAGACAUGUCCUUUUAGUAUUUUGUAAGAUAAACUAAGUUUAAAAAUGGCUCAGGACACCUUGAGAAACGGCGAAGCAAUGCAGCCACCAUUCGACUCUGCAAGGACAUCUAAAUCAACCAUUUGCCCGCCAUUAUCAACUAAAGUGAGCACAACGUCAAGCGAAGUAUUGCAUGGAUCACCUGCCUUUGGUCAUGAAAAAGUAACAAAUAAAUUAUCAAUGGAGCAAAAGUCAACAAAGAUUCAAUCAACUGCUGAAACUGACUUUGACAGGAGAGAAUUUUCAAGUGCCAUCCGAAUGGAUACUGACAUUGUCUGUAAUCAAAGCUGUUUGACAGUAGAGAACCAGUCACACGAGGUCGUAAAUAGACAAGUUUCGUCGUCAAGUUUAUGCAGCUGGAGUAGCUUUGACACUUCAAUUACUGAUGACAAUCUGAGUGAUAGUGAAAACACUGAAAACAAUGAAGCAUCUGAAGCACUGAGUAUAAAACCUGGGAGGCAGAAAAAGCUGUGGGGACAAGUCAGAAAAGCCAUUCACUGGUCUCCGUUUAUUCAGUCAUACAAAAAGAAGUACCCAUGGGUCCAACUAGCUGGGCAUGAUGGGUCUUUUAAGGCCGGUAAACACGGAACAAUUCUGAAAAAAGCAUCAAGCAAUGAAAUUGAAUGUUUGUGCAAACUAAUGAAAGAUGUUCUAAGACCAUACAUUCCUGAAUAUAAAGGACAGGUCCAUGAAAAUGAUGAAUCUUUUACAGAAAUGGAAGAUUUAUUGGCAGAUUUUGAUUCACCUUCAGUCAUGGACUGCAAGAUUGGAAUAAGGACCUAUUUGGAAAAAGAAUUGUCUGCAGCCGGAAAACAACCCAAGAUAAGAAAGGAUCUGUACGAAAAAAUGAUUGCUAUAGAUCCAACGGAGCCUACAGAUGAAGAGAGAAAACAAGGAGGAAUAACUAAACCAAGGUACAUGCAAUGGCGUGAAAUGCUCAGCUCUACAGCCACUCUUGGCUUUCGAAUAGAAGGCAUUAAGAAAAGUGAGCAAAAACCGUGUAAAGAUUUCAAACAGACAAAGACGAAAGAAGAUGUUGGCAAAGUCUUUGCCAAUUUUAUCACAAAAAGAAAAGAUUUGAAGGAAGGAUACCUGCAACGACUUAAAGCGAUCAGAGCCACCCUUGAAAGCUCGCCGUUUUUUUCAUUGCACGAGGUAAUUGGUAGUUCGCUGCUUUUUGUCCACGAUUCAGGAGGUAAAACAGGCAUCUGGUUAAUUGAUUUUGGAAAAACGACACCUGUUCCUCAAAAUUUGCCUUUGAACCAUCGAGAUGAAUGGAAAGAAGGCAAUAGAGAAGAUGGCUAUCUAACCGGACUUGACAAUAUGAUAGAUAUAUGGGAGAAAUUGGUUACACAACAAGAAUGAGUUACAAACAUUCUUGUAUAGUUUUCUCGGGCACUCUUGUUUAGGUCGCUUAGGUUCUCAAAGUAUAUUAUAUAAACUCUUAUGGAAAUGGGGAUUUUAUGGACACAUGAAAAUUAUACGAAAAAUAACAAAUUGAGAAGCAAAGAAUGACUGGUGCAGCUGUUUCCCCAGGUUUCACAACUAUCUCCACCUCUAAAAGGAGACCAGUAAAUACAACGAUAACCUUGUUUAUGACAGCCAGAGUGGCUGUCGCCAUUAAGUCUGGUUUCCACGUCAAUGGCUGCAAUCGUCAAUCUUUGUCCGAAUCUGAUGUUUGUUGAAGCUUCUACCUUGUUCAUGUUUUAAUUCACACGUGGGUAGUCAAAGGUACACAUCGCUGCAAGCAAAUGUCUGAACGAUGCCACGACACCAUUAAUUGUGUAUCUUCCACUGCAUCAGAACCUAGGGCCUUAGUGAUGUCAAGUUGUAUUUGCAUCAGGCAUUGCUAUAACAUAAAAGACCGAUUCAUUUUACCUAAGGUAUAGUAAGUGUAUUCAUACUCCUUAUUUGUCCUCUCUAUCUUUAGUUAAAACAUGUUUGUAUAUUGUAACUUCACCUAUUUAUUUAUUAUUUGCACAGUAGUUCACUA